AUGCCAAAUUUUGGCUACGUUGUUGUUGACAACGAAGAGGAAGAGGAUGAGCAGAUCGACCUGCUGGAGCCCUUCAGGGGCUAUCUCGAGGCAGUGAGGGCCCCGGGGACCGCAUGCAGCAAUCUGCUGCAG